CCUGUAAGUUACAAAGGUUAAUCCAGUUUAUAUUUGUUGGAAGGUUAGUGAAACAAAUGUGUUUAAAAGGUCUUAACAUUUCUUGUUCAAAGCUCCAGGCUUUAAUGGGUGAUAUAUCCUAAAAAUGGACUGUGACUGAGAAUAGAAAACUGAAAACCAUCCCCAUGAAGCCACUUCCGUAUGCAGAUUUGGAUGACGAAGAAGGAAGCUGAAUCAGAUCGCAAUAAGCCUCGCAACUUGACAAUGUGUACAGACCUGGCAUAACGUCCACCCCGUACCAUCAGUAUGGAUGUGAAGAUUCUGUUUGGGAUUUUGGCCAUUUUGAUUGUGUCAGAAUGCCAGGAAGAAGAAGAAAUCCCAGAGUUACAUCCCUUGGAUGGAUACUUCAACAAUUUGAUACAUCCAGACUGGGGAGCUGUUGACACAAUUUUAUUGCGUAAAAGUCCAGCAGCCUAUGCAGAUGGCGUGUACACCUUAUCAGGACAGGAUCGCCCCAAUCCAUUUGACAUUAGUGAAAGGGCACAUAGGUCAAACACACCAAAUUCCCUGGGGUCAGUACGAGGAAGAACUGCCAUGCAGGUCUAUUUUGGACAACAAGUUGUGGAAGAAAUAAUGGAUUCUCAACGUCCUGGAUGUCCGAGAGAAUACGAGAAUAUUCCAGUCCCAAGAAACAACACCCUAUAUCGGAACAGUGAGGCAUUCAAUGCAGCCAGAGACACAGUUUUCAUGCCUUUUCCCAGGUCAAGGUUUGACCAAAGGACUGGACAAUCUCCCAGUAAUCCCAGACAACAGCUGAAUGAGAUCACACCAUACCUUGAUGGGCAACUUAUGUAUGGACCAGCCAGAACGUGGACUGAUGCUAUUAGAGAAUUCAGGGGAGGCAAACUUUUAUCUCUAGAUCCUUCUAAGCCUAUUAGGGAAAGUCUCCCAGCUAUAAAUGACAUCCGUCUGCCAUUUGCCAAUCCCCCCAACCCAAGGGAGAAUACUAGGGAAAGACGACUGCUACCCGUCGCAAGAUUUUGGAGACUUGGAAACCCCAGAGCCAUGGAAAACCCAUUUCUUCUGUCCUUUGGAGUUUUAUGGUUCAGAUGGCAUAAUUAUCUGGCAGAUGAAUACAUUAGAAUGAAAGGAAUUCAGGAAAGUGACCUAGAAAAAUAUGAUGAGCAAAUUUUUAACUAUGCCAGAAAAUGGGUUGUUGCCAGCCAUCAGAAAAUAGUACUGUAUGAUUGGUUACCUAGAUGGAUUUUCACUGCCAGUAAUUUUACAAAUGUAAGUCCCGGUGACAACAGCCCAUUUUAUCCAAUCAGAGCACCAAAAUCCAAUGACCCAAGAAUGCCAACAUGUGGACCAUAUGUAUACAACCCAAAUAUUCACCCAGGUAUAACCGCUGAAUUUCAGACGUCAGCUAUGAGAUAUGGACACACCCUAGUUACCCCAGGUCUUUGGAGAAGGGGCCCAAAGACAGGAAAUAAUUUACAACGGGGAUGUAACUGGUUCCCAGCCAAUCUGAGGUUACCCAACCCUCCUGUCCAGCAGACUCAUGGAUUGAGGCUCUGCAAUGCCUAUUGGAAUUCACAGGAAUCGGUGCAGGAGGAUUUAGAUUCCCUGUACAGAGGACUAGCCUCUACGCUGGGAGAGAAGGAGGACCACAUCAUGGUAGAAGACUUAGCAGGACAGGUGUUUGGUCCCCUGGAGUUUUCUAGAAGAGACUUGGCAGCACUUAAUAUCCAGCGAGCCAGAGAUCAUGGUCUUACUGACUAUCAGACCAUCAGAGAAACAUUUGGUUUACCUCGUUUGAAUAGCUGGCAGGACAUCAAUAACCAAAAUAAUUUGACAGAGAAGGCUAUAGAAGCUCUGAGACUACUCUAUCAAGGCUCAGGUCUCAAUGGAACAUCACCAGAAAAGGUGGACUUGUUUACUGGUGGUUUGCUAGAAACCACUGACGAUGGUCCUGGGGAUUUGUUCCGAGUCAUCAUGGUGGAACAGUUCUGUAGAAUCAGAGAUGGUGACCGGUUUUGGUAUGAGAACUUGGACAACAAAAUAUUCAACCAAACAGAGAUAGACCGUAUUAACAAUGAAAUCACCCUGGGCUACAUUUUGUCCAAAGUGACCAACUUGAGAGUGGAAGAUCAAAGAGAUCCCAAUGGAGUUCUGGUCAGUAGGAACAAUGCAGACAUUCAGGCUGAUCCCUUUGUACAUAGGGGGAAUAGCGAUCCAUGUCAACAACCUGCUCAAUUGGACCCCAAUGUAAGUCCAUUUGAAGUUCCAGAGAGCAAUGCCUCCCAAGCCCUUUUCCUGAUUGAGAACUGCACAACUUGGCAGACGUUUGAUUACUUCUUUGGGAUGGAUAGCCAAAUUUCAUUUCCAUUUACAUUCAUCUGGCUUGGAUUGGCAGUGCCAGUCACGAUUGGAAUAAUGCUGCUGAUGGCCAGACAGAGAAAGAAAAAGAUGAUGGAAGCAAGAAAGAAGAAAGCUCGUACGGAUCGAUCAACAGAUCCGAACACCUUUCAUGUUGUUGAAUGGGUUGGAAAGAAAGAAGGAGAAAGAAAUGUCGUAAUUAACUUUGAUAGUCAGAGGAAGAAACUGCAUGUAAAUGACAGACGGGGAAAACCUCUUCGCAUGAUUGACCUUCGACCUAAACAAGCCGCACCAGCCAAAAGUAUCCGUCUCUGGAACGCAGAUGACCGUGCAGUUGUGUCCGUGAGAGCAGAGGGUGAAAUUGACCUGGUGUUGAAGUUUGCUGAUAUUGAGAGAAAGUCAAAGUUUUCAAAGGAAUUAAAGAAUUUUGUUGAGGGUAUUGGAGCAAGCUAUUCUUCAAACAACUUUGCAAAAGCAGAGCUAAUUUUCAAUAGUGCAACGACCAAAGAGGAUCGACAGAAAUUAUUAGACAAAUUUUUCAGAGUCAUUUGUCUGCAGGCAUUUAAAGACAAAACCAGCAAAGAGUUAGAUAUAGAAAACUUAGAUCAUGAAACAGCAAAAAAGAUAGCAGAAAUACAACUCACUCGAACAGAGUUUGCAGAAGCCCUGGGACUGAAGCCGACUUCAGUAUUUGUACGGAAUAUGUUCCUGUUGGUUGACUCAGAUAGAAGUGGUUUUGUUAGCUUCCGAGAAUUCCUCGACUUCUUUGUGGUAUUAUCCUCCCAGGAUGCUGAGAGUAAGAUUCAUCUGAUAUUUAGCAUGUACGACAUCCAGCGCCGAGGAAAACUGUCAAAGAAAGACUUUGCCAACAUGAUCAAGUCUUUACUGGAUUUGUCCGAUUCAACACUUGAUAGCAGAAAGAUGGAGGAACUUGUGACUUCCAUGUACAAGGCUGCCAAUCUGAGUUAUGGAGCAGACAUCCUCUUUGAAGACUUCAAGAAAAUAUUUGCCUCCGAAGAAUAUGCUGGAACCCUACAGAAGGCGACAUUAAAUCUGGAUGGUGUUGGAGAUAUUGGUCAACACCCAGUAAAGUCUGCAAACACAACGAUUAGAGCAAAGCGAGCUACCAUAAUGAAAAAUUACACACAAAAAGGUGCUUCAAAGGGAAAAGGUUUGCAACGUCAGCAGAGUGUAGUUCACGUGACCACCCACCAACAGGAGUACCCCAAGACACCAUUUGCACAAAAGAUGUAUGAGAUCACUAGCUACAUCUCCUCCAACCGACUGGAUAUCUUCUGGGGAACUCUCUUCACUCUGGUGCUCCUCGGAAUCUUCUUGGAGAGAGCUUUUUACUAUUCCUUUGAACGUGAAACUGGGGGACUCCGACGAAUUGCCGGUUAUGGGGUGACUGUCACCAGAGGUGCUGCUAGCGCCAUGAUGUUCACAUACUGCUCGCUACUGAUCACCAUGAGCCGUAACAUGAUUACAUUCUUCAGGGAAACCUUCCUUCAUCGCUUCUUUCCCUGGGAUUCCAUGCAUGCCUUGCACAAGUUCAUUGCAUAUCAGGCCUUGUUCUCCACAUUUGUACAUGUGAUUGGCCAUGGAAUAAAUUUGUAUCAUAUUUCGACCCAAACAUCAGGCGAUGCCAACUGCUACUUCAUGGAAUACUUCAGAGCGACCCAUAUUCUUGCCUCAUUCCAUUACUGGACCUACACAACAAUCACGGGUUUGACAGGAGUCAUUUUGACCCUGAUUGUCAUAAUCAUGUACGUGUUUGCCACGCCCUACGCCCGCCGGAAUGCCUUCAAUGCUUUCUGGAAUACCCACAACCUCUACAUCUUUUUAUACAUCUUCAUGAUAAUGCACGGCCUUGGACGGCUGGUGCAGGCUCCUAUCACACACACUUAUCUUAUUGGACCCCUCUUUAUAUUCAUCAUUGACAAGUUGAUUAGUCUCAGCCGUAAGAAGAUUGAGUGCAGAGUGGUCAAAGCUGAACUGCUUCCCUCUGAUGUAACAGCACUAGUAUUCCAGAGACCCACAACUUUUGACUACAAAUCUGGACAGUGGGUCAGGAUUGCCUGUCUGGAACUUGGAGAAAAUGAGUACCAUCCCUUCACCAUCAGCUCUGCUCCUCACGAAGAAUAUCUCAGCCUUCAUAUCCGAGCUGUUGGCCCCUGGACCUACAAUCUUAGGAAUCUGUAUGACCCCGACAAUCUGGAGGGAAAAUCUUCCUAUCCUAGUGUCUAUGUGGAUGGGCCCUAUGGAGAAGGCCACCAAGAUUGGUAUAGAUAUGAAGUGGCUGUGUUAGUAGGAGGGGGUAUUGGAGUCACACCGUUUGCUUCCAUCUUGAAAGACAUUGUUCACAAAUCAAAGAUUGCUGAUCUAAGAUUCCCCUGUAGAAAGGUGUACUUUUUGUGGGUGACGCGUACCCAGAAGCAGUUUGAGUGGAUGACGGAUAUCAUCCGUGAUGUGGAAAAUGUGGAUAGCAAUCAGUUUAUGGACACUCAUAUAUUUGUGACACAGUUCAAGGAAAAGUUUGAUUUAAGAACCACCAUGUUGUACAUUUGCGAGCGCCAUUUCCAGAAGGUGGCAGGGAAGAGUCUUUUUACUGGCUUAAGUGCUGUCACCCAUUUUGGACGACCAAACUUUCAGGAUUUCUUGAAAUCAGUCAAGAUGGAACAUCCAAAAGUACGUACCUUUGGUGUGUUCAGCUGUGGGCCACCAAAUAUGACCAACAAUCUUGAUGGGGCCUGCACUAAUCUCAACAAACAAGAGGGUGCCACAUUCAAUCACCAUUUUGAAAACUUUUAAUUUCCAUGUUCAAAUACAAUUUGACAAUGGAUUUUUUAUAAAUUAGUCGAGACAAUUGCUUUGUUGGUUUUUUAAAAUCAUCUUUCAGUGUAAGUGCAUUGUGAUAAACUUUUGAUUUUUUUUUAUUGAUGUACAAAGUAUGUAACACCAUUUUUAGCACAUAUACCAGCAGAUAAAUGUAUUUGUUAAGACUAAAGACUUGUCAAGUAAGCUAGAGUGCAUUAUAUUCUUCUUCAAAUAUAUUAGUCUACACCAGAUAUCUUUCAUUUUGACUACAUGGCAUAGGAUUUGCUCAAAAAUCAGUCUUAUCUCAACACUGGUAAGUCUAAAGAAGCAUAAAAAAAAUUGACAUGACAGUUAACAUGCAUUCUGAAGUAUCCAUUAUUCUUAUUUCCAAUACAAUAUAUUCCAAAAAUAGAUAUACCUGUAUUAUGUAUGUUUGUCCAUGAAAAUUUAAAUAAAUCUAUUUAUAUAAAA